ACAAAAACACACUACUGAAGACGCUACACUCUCCUCUGUUGUCAGAGAAUGGCUAACUCUCAUAUGGUUUCUCUUGCCUUGUACGUUCUUCUCUUGUUCCUCGGCUGUUUGGCUCAACUAGGGAGACCACAGCCAAGAAUAUGGCAGGGACUUGAAGAGCUGCAAGAGCAAAGGCUCAGGGGUAAAACUCAGUGCAAUAUUCAGAAGCUUAAUGCACAAGAACCAUCCUUCAGGUUCCCAUCAGAGGCUGGUUUAACUGAAUUCUGGGAUUCUAAUAAUCCAGAAUUUGGGUGCGCUGGUGUGGAAUUUGAGCGUAACACUGUCCAACCUAAGGGCCUUCGUUUGCCUCAUUACUCUAACGUGCCUAAAUUCGUCUACGUUGUCGAAGGUACCGGUGUUCAAGGCACUGUGAUCCCUGGUUGUGCUGAAACAUUUGAAUCCCAGGGUGAAUCAUUUUGGGGUGGUCAGGAACAGCCGGGCAAAGGGCAAGAAGGCCAAGAGCAAGGUUCCAAAGGUGGUCAGGAACAACAGGGCAAAAGCCAAGGACAUGAAGGGCGAAGGCAAAGGUUUCCAGACCGCCAUCAGAAGCUCAGAAGGUUCCAAAAAGGAGAUGUCCUUAUAUUGCUUCCUGGUUUCACUCAGUGGACAUAUAAUGAUGGAGAUGUUCCACUUGUCACCGUCGCACUUCUUGAUGUUGCCAAUGAGGCUAAUCAGCUUGAUUUGCAGUCCAGGAAAUUUUUCCUAGCCGGAAACCCGCAAAUGGAAAUUGAGUCCCAGGGUCAACAAGGACAACAGGGGCAACAGGGACAGAAGGGCCAGGGAAAGGAAGGCCAGCAGCAGCAGCAUAGAAACAUCUUCUCAGGAUUUGAUGACCAACUUUUGGCUGAUGCUUUCAAUGUUGACCUCAAAAUAAUACAGAAAUUGAAGGGUCCGAAAGAUCAAAGGGGUAGCACAGUCCGAGCUGAAAAACUUCAACUGUUCCUGCCUGAAUAUAGUGAGCAAGAGCAACAACCCCAACAACAGCAGGAGCAGCAACAAGGAUGGAGAUCCAAUGGACUUGAGGAAACUUUGUGCACGGUGAAGCUUACGGAAAACAUUGGCCUCCCCCAAGAGGCUGAUGUAUUCAAUCCUCGUGCUGGCCGCAUUACCACUGUUAAUAGCCAAAAGAUUCCUAUCCUCAGCAGGCUCCAACUUAGUGCAGAAAGAGGAUUCCUCUACAGCAAUGCCAUUUUUGCACCACACUGGAAUAUCAAUGCACAUAGUGCCCUGUAUGUGAUUAGAGGAAAUGCAAGAAUUCAGGUGGUGGAUCACAAAGGAAACAAAGUUUUUGACGAUGAAGUAAAACAGGGUCAGCUAAUAAUUGUGCCACAAUACUUUGCUGUGAUCAAGAAAGCUGGAAACCAAGGAUUUGAGUAUGUUGCAUUCAAGACGAACGACAAUGCCAUGAUUAACCCACUUGUUGGAAGACUUUCGGCAUUUCGAGCAAUUCCUGCGGAAGUUUUGAGGAGCUCUUUCCAAAUUUCCAGCGAGGAAGCUGAGGAAUUGAAGUAUGGAAGACAGGAGGCUUUGCUUUUGAGUGAGCAGUCUCAGCAGGGAAAAAUAGGAGUUGCUUGAGCUAAUUAUGUAAAAAUAAUCGUAUAUUAGUUCAUGCAUGGUCUACCAACUAUAUGUGUGAAUCUAAUUCCAAAAUAAAAUGGUCAAUGGAUGUAAAGACAUGGCAAUCCUAGCCUUACUACUGGCGUUGAUUGCGAGAAGUUCGAUGUUUGGUGACCUUGAGUCAAUAAUAAACUAUGAUAAUUAAUGUAAAAUUUUCCCAUUCAGUUCUUGUUCCAUUC